AUGGCCGAUAUGACGGAAUCACCGCCGCUGUUCGACACCGAGUCCAAAUUGGACGACCUGGAGGACGAUGACGAGGAUAUCUUCGCGUCCGCAGUGCAGGAUCAGAGUCAAAUGGAGGAUACUUCGCCGUACAAUGGAGUAUCUAAGAUUCAAGCAGAGUUGCCAAAACUGUCAUUGCGAGACGCGCCAGACGACAACUCGUUCUCCUCUGUGUCUAGUCCAGCUCCAGGUCCCCUGAGCCCACCGCUGGGAUUGAUGAAUACGGAUAUCGGCGAUCUUCAUGAUGUUCCUAUCAAUGAUAACGCAGACACGUUGUCCACAAACAUCAUUCAUUCUCGGUCUUUAGAAGAGGUUCCAGCAGACACAUCAGAAAUCUUUUUGAAAAUUAAAGUCACCUCUCCCCAAAAGAUAGGCGAUGGAAUGGGGGCCUAUCUUGCAUACAAUGUCGAGACACGAACGAAUAUGCUUAUCUUCAAAAAGAGACACUUUAGCGUGAUCAGGCGUUUCAGCGAUUUCCUGGGUCUUCAUGAUAAAUUGACGGAGAAAUACCUUAGGAACGGCAGGAUAAUUCCACCUGCUCCUGAGAAGAGUGUUAUCGGUACGACAAAGAUUAAAAUGUCUGGUGACAAGAGUCAGGAGCAAAAUUCGAGCUCCACAGAAUUCAUUGAACGACGCAGAGCGUCACUCGAGAGGUAUCUGAACAGAACAGCUGCACAUCCGGUUCUGAGCAUCGAUCCAGAUUUCAGAGAAUUUUUAGAAGCCGACGUAGAAUUGCCUAAAGCCACCAAUACGUCUGCGUUAAGUGGUAAAGGAGUGAUGCGGCUUUUCAACAAAGUCGGGGAAACGGUUAAUAAGAUAACAUAUAAAAUGGAUGAGAGCGAUAUGUGGUUCGAGGAGAAGACGUCACAGAUAGAUUCCCUUGAUAUUCAGUUGCGCGCGUUACAUUCCGCGGUUGCCUGCUUAACGAAUCAAAGGAGGGAACUGGCAAGCUUCACCGGUGCCACGGCAAAGUCGAUUGCCGUUCUCGGUCAUGGUGAGGCCGGACCGUCUCUCGGCAGAGCACUCGCGCAGCUGGCCGAAACUCUGGAGAAAGUGGAAGUCAUUAGGAAAAAGCAAAGCAACAGCGACCUUUAUCAAUUUGGAGAGAUGUUGAGAGAUUAUGUGGCGCUCAUUGGCGCAAUUAAGGACGUUUUUCAUGAGAGGGUCAAGGUCUUUCAAAACUGGCAACAUGCUCAGUUGAUGUUGAACAAGAAACGUGAGCAAAAGGCGCGGCUGGAGCAGUCCGGCCGGACAGACAAGACGAGUCAAGCAGCUACCGAGGUGAUAGAAUGGGAGGCGAAGGUAGACAGAGGGCAGGAGGAGUUCGACAAUAUCUCAAAGAUGAUAAAGGAAGAGGUUGAGCGUUUCGAGUUGGUUCGGGUGCAAGACUUCAAGAAGCAACUGAUUGAGUAUCUGGAAUGGAUGCUGCAACACCAGAAUCAACUCAUCAAGUACUGGGAGAGCUUCUUACCAGAGGCACGAGCGGUGGCAUAAACAUUCCCCACGGAAGAAACGAUGAUACACGAUUUUCAAUGCGAUAAUAAGGCCACUACGUAUCGUGUAAUGUGAAAAGGCAGAGUGACUCUUUUGUGCCGCUCGUCCGGAGGUAAAUUGGCUGAUUAGCGUCGAUGAUCUUGGUGCAUUCUUACCGGAAGAAUUCACAAAUUUCAUUAACAGUAUAAUUUACAGUCGAAUGAACAAAA